AUGAAAUUUCUAAAGCAAUACUUUAGAAACAAACCAGUUGAUUAUUAUGAAUUUGAAGAACUAAUACUACAAAGGGUUUGUGAAACAGUUGGUUUAUUAGUUCAUACUGAUUAUGAAUUAUCAUAUAAAUCAAGAAAAAGGAAUAGGAGCUGGUACUAUUUAGAAGAGGAAGAUUUUGAAGAAUUUAUAAAAGAAUAUUAUAGGUUAACUAGCUCUAAUAAGAAACAUUUAAUAUUAGAUGAUGGUGAAGAAUCUAUAAGUGAAGAAAAUAAGAUUACGCCACCUUCAAAACAAAAAAAGAAAACUUCCGUUCCUAAAGAAUCAAAUUUGGAUGAGAUCGAUCUUAUGAAGGGGGAAAUUCACAAGAAACUCAAAGAAAAGCAUGGAUGUGAUAUCCCAUAA